UUUGAUCGCUUUUUUACUUGAACUUCGGUGGUGAUGGAUAUUUGCUUCUAGUUGACCAAAAAAGAAAACUAUUCUACGGUGAAUAAUCAAUAAACUUUAUCGAAAAUGAGAGUUCUAGUAAAAAUUGCAAUUCUAAUUGCAAUUUCACUAUGCUUGUUCCAUGCAGUGCAGAGCCAGUCCAAGGGAAAAAACUCGCAAACCCUUGCGGAAAAAGUACAGCAGUUGUUGGACAUGAAUGCCAAACGGCCAGUGAUGCGUUUCAAUGGAAACCGCUUUCGGGACUUCGUCAAAUCGGCACCGAGGAACUAUUCAGUGGUCGUCAUGUUUACUGCCAUGGCCCCGGCUAGGCAGUGUGUCAUCUGCCGACAUGCACACGAUGAAUACACAAUAGUUGCCAAUUCCUAUCGAUACUCCCAGACCUACUCAAACAAGCUGUUUUUCGCGAUGGUCGACUUUGACGAAGGUUCCGAUGUGUUCCAAAUGCUGCGCUUGAACACGGCCCCGGUGUUCAUCCACUUCCCGGCCAAGGGAAAACCGAAACCGGCGGAUACCAUGGAUAUCCAACGUGUUGGUGUAUCGGCAGAGGUUAUCGGAAAGUGGAUUCAGGAACGCACGGACAUACAAAUAAGAAUCUUCCGACCACCAAACUACUCGGCUACGGUGGCAAUCCUCAUGUUAACGGCCUUCGUUGGUGGGUUCCUCUAUCUGCGUAGGAACAAUCUGGACUUUUUGUAUAACAAGCAAAUGUGGGGCUUCUUGGCGGUUAUUUUCUGCUUUGCAAUGGUUUCCGGUCAAAUGUGGAAUCACAUUAGGAGUCCGCCGUUUGUCCACAAGGGUCAAAACGGUGGCAUUGCCUACAUCCAUGGCUCGUCUCAGGGACAGCUGGUGAUUGAGACGUAUAUCGUUAUGUUCUUAAAUGCAAUGAUUGUUGCCGGUAUGAUUCUGUUGACCGAGUCUGGCUGGCAAAGUGAUCCCCGGAAAGGGAAGAUAGCCGCCGUCGUCGGUUUGGUGCUGGUUGCCGUGUUUUUCUCGUUGAUCCUGUCGAUCUUCCGGUCGAAGGCACAAGGAUAUCCUUACAGCUUCUUGUUCAAAUAACUUUGUCUCCUGUUUUGAGUGCAAUGAAUCAUCCGAAAAAUGAUCGCAGUGGAUAUCCCAAUACAGUGAGAGUGUUGUGUUCGAAUGUUUGAUUAAUGAGCACCAAUUUAGCACGAAUGUGUUGAAAUUCCGAAGGCGAAUGCGAUAAGUACUAAUUGUAACAACCGAAAUCACCGAAAAAAUCACAUUGAUUUACACAUACCUAUAACGCUAGUGAGAACUAAUUAAUUAGUGCAAAGCAAAAAUAAAAAACUGUUCCGUCAAAACCAUCUGGAAAUAAUUACUUUAUUGUUUGUUUAGAAUUUCAAAUUUACUGCGGAAUAUAUACUUCUGUAUUUAGCCGAAUAAAACUUGAUGUAUCUUGAAUAAGAUACAUUCCAGGGGUUACAAAAUACC